AUGGAUCCUUUAGUCAAUUCUGAGAACUCAUCGACUUUCCGCGAUAUACAGCCAGGAAACUUCAAUAUUGCGUAUAUGGACGACACAGGUGCCUCUGGAGACUACUUUACUGAUGCCCUUCGCCUCGGUAAUGCCACCGUCACUAAUUUCACUAUGGCUCUUGGAACCGACAUAACUGGCCAGCCGCCAAUCACUCCGGUUUGUGGUGUUGGUCCUAAUACAAACGGAAGCGAAGCCACUGUUUCAGGGGGAACUUAUGACAACCUGCCAUAUGCGCUAUGUGAUCGAGGUGUUAUCAACACCGUGGCCUAUAACCAUGAGUCCGAUGGAGAAGGGGGGUAUACUGUCCCUUGCAACCAAACAAAGGGGUAUUUCAAUUUCAAUUUUGGAGUCCCAUCUGGUCCCGUCAUCAGUGUUAAUGUUUCCGAGAUUGUUCUCCCGAUCCAGGGCGAGCUCGAUGUCUGCAAUCUUGGGUUUUUAUCAGGCACAGACUCGAUUGUGACUAUAGGGGCUACCUUUUUGAGGUCUGCAUAUGUGGUUUUUGAUUUCGUCAAUAUGCAGAUUGGUCUUGCUGCUGCUGGAAGUCCCACUACAUCAUCAAAUGUAGUUGCAUUUUCUAACUACGGCGCGGCCAUUCCUUCUUAUAAUGGCACCGGAAGCAUGUUCAUUUGGUUCAGUGACCUCAACUUCUUCGAGUUCCGUGGCCUCUUCGACUGA